GGGGGGGAGGGGACGGGGACCGGCGGAUGAGGAAGUGCCCUCUUGUCCAGAACGCCGCUGAACUUGUCGUUGGCGGCGCUUCACUAUUUGAAAUGAGCCGUCGGUUGGUGGGAGAAUAAGAGAGGGAACCGCUCGCGCGUGUGCGCGGCCGCAGCUGUGACCGCGACACCGACAGCGUCAGGACCCAGAGGAGCUGUUAGUGACCGCGCCUCGGGCUGUCUGUGGGGAGAGGAGAGGGUCGGCACCAGAUUUUCAGCAUUCCACUGUGGUGCGAUUGGAUAUUUUAAGACUCCCUUGGUCAGAGUCUUAAAAUAAAUCAUAGUUUGAUUACCACCAUGAGCGGUGGGAAGAUAUUUGUAGAAACACUAAAGAAAAUUGGUGAGCCUAAAGCAACUCAUCUGGAUGGGGAAGAUUUUGAUUGGUUGUUUGACAGCGGAGAUAAAAAGACAUUUCUGGAAUGGUUCUGCAAAGGUAUAAAUGAACAGAAUGUGUUAACCACAGAAGAAGUGGAUGAAUUUGAAAAACUUAAAAAAUCUGGGAAAUCUCUAUUUGAUCAGAAAGCCUUAGAUCCAAUCUUGCAGACGUAUCCUAAAGAAUCUGAUUCAAAAUAUGGUGACCUGGCAGAAAUAUCAGGUGAGGAAUUAGAAGAAGAAGUAAAAACAUUACAGUCACUUCGAAAUCUUAAAAUCCAGAGACGAAAUAAGCAGCAAUUAAUGACUUCAGCAAUCCAUCUUGUACCACUGAAGGAUGAAAAGGAUGAAAGUACCAAACUGUUAAUAGAGACACAGGAGCAAUUAUCUGCUGAGAAUGCCAAAUUAAAUGCUAUUCUGUUGAAAAUCAUUGAAGGGGUGCAGCAGUUGACUGUUUUGUACUCAAAUAUUGGAUCAGAAAUGAAAGCAGGCCAGCCUAAAGUCUUUCUGUCACAACUUCUAUUGAACAAUUAUCUGCAAAAGGAAGAACAAUGCACAGCAGCUCUCACAGCCUACACAAAGAAGCAAUUUUUUGAAGGCAUAGUGGAGCUGGUCGAGAGUUCGGAUGUGGACAAAUUUCAGCUGGUGGAUUUAAGUUGUCAAACAUUGCUGGAAGAGAGUAAUGAGGUACGCAGGGAAUAUCAGCAACAGAUGACCAGACUCCAAGCAGCAUACACAAGUGGCAAGCGCCAGUUAAUUCUGGCAAAAGCCAAAGAGCAAAGCACCAAAGCUGGUGUUCAGUAUGCGGAGAAGAUUUUCUCUCUAAUACAAAAGAGAAAGGUGAAUGAUGGAGAAAAAGAAACCCAAAGCGAAGGUGUUAAAUGCCUGAAAGAGAUAAGCUGCCAAGUGGAACAGCUGAUUAAUAAAGAACUGCCCGACUUGAUUGUUGAGAAUGCACAACUCUUAAAUAUGCCUGUAGUAAAAGGCAAUUUUGACCUUCAGGUGACUCGACAAGACUAUUACACCUCUAAGCAGGAUGAAGUAGCUCGCCAGCUGAUCAGACAGAAAACCCGUUUUGAACUUCUUCAGCUAGGAUAUGAAAUGGAGUCACGAAGUCACAGAGAUAUCCAUUGUGUGCUUGAAAACCUUACUCAGGAACUUGAGCGGAUCAGGAAUGAGCUUGCCCAAUGUUUGAAGGUACUGUCUGAUCAGUGUCUCGUGCAAAGCAACAGACAGCGGAACAUCAUUGAUUCAAGAGAUACUUCUGCUAUCAGACUGUGUCAGAUUUUGGAUGGAGACAACAGAGAACAGCUAUUUAGAACUUAUGAUCACUUGGAAGAACAAGGUAAAAUGUUACAGAAUGAAGCUGCCUCAUUGCGGUACCAGUUGGAGAAGAACAGAAGUGAUGAAUCCUAUCUACGGUCUUCCUUGGAAUCAGAUAUAGAGAGACUUCGUUGUGUGAUGUAUUCUGGGCCAAAGCAGCUUUUACUUCAUUCUGAGAAUCUGUCAGGCUCCUUCCAAAAAUUGGAAAGCCAAUUGCAGAAAGUCACCCAGAUCCUUAUGGAUAUUGACAGUGAAAUCAAGCCAAAGCGUCAGAUUUUGGAGAGCAACUUGCAUCUUCAACAUGAGAGAAAUCUUUAUAUCCAUUUCUUUCAAAAUCCCGACAAACUGAAGGAAAUCGUGGAGGGUCUGGAGAAAGAAGCUGAAGCUAAUGCCAUUGGAUUAAAAAGUUGAUGUGUAACCUCUAAGAAGAAACAAUGAUGGUGGAAAAUGUACAUAAAGCUUUUUGUAUAAUUAUCUGGAGCUGAAUAACUGAUCAGAGCACAGUUACAGCUUUUGUUUCAAAAUCAUCAAAAUACAUGUAUUACAAAAAGUUGAAUUGUAAUUUGUCAGAUACAUCAACUGAUGAAAGAAAAAAUUAAGGAAAUGUAAAUGGAGCCUUUGUAUUCUCACAUUUGUCAAUGUUUGUACGAUGUUUCUAUCCUUAUGGUAUUUGUAUUUAUCUUUGGAUUUUGUAGAGAAUAAAAUCCAGAUCUGUUCUACAAUAGAUUUGCACUUAGUGAAUUGAAAUAAAGCCACAGAUUUUUAUUGUGCUAAAUACAAUAUACAAUACAAAAUGACAUUUGUAUAGCACCUUUCAUGUCAGGAGGGAGUCCUAAGGUGCUGGUGUUUAUGUGGUGAGGAUUAAUCUCAAAGGAGCAGACAAGUUCUAAUCCAUUUGGUCUUUUUUAGUGAAAUCCACAAUCUCCUUGUCUCUCACUCUAAAGUCAGGAACGUCCUUAUUGGACAAGCAAUGGAAAUCUUACAAUUGCAUUUGUACUGAUAAGAUGUGUGGGUUUAUCUAGUUUACAUAAAGAAAUAAAGAAGUGUUUUGAUGCUG